AUGCCAUGUACCCAUUAUCAUAUAAUUUUAUUGCCUUGUACCCAUUAUCAUAUAAUUGUGUUGCCAUGUACCCAUUAUCAUAUAAUUCUUUUGCCAUAUACCCAUUAUCAUAUAAUUCUUUUGCCAUGUACCCAUUAUCAUAUAAUUCUUUUGCCAUGUACCCAUUAUCAUAUAAUUCUUUUGCCAUGUACCCAUUAUCAUAUAAUUCUUUUGCCAUGUACCUAUUAUCAUAUAAUUCUUUUGCCAUGUACCCAUUAUCAUAUAAUUCUUUUGCCUUGUACCCAUUAUCAUAUAAUUCUUUUGCCAUAUACCUAUUAUCAUAUAAUUCUUUUGCCAUGUACCCAUUAUCAUAUAAUUCUUUUGCCAUGUACCCAUUAUCAUAUAAUUCUUUUGCCAUGUACCCAUUAUCAUAUAAUUCUUUUGCCAUGUACCUAUUAUCAUAUAAUUCUUUUGCCAUGUACCUAUUAUCAUAUAAUUCUUUUGCCAUGUACCCAUUAUCAUAUAAUUCUUUUGCCAUGUACCCAUUAUCAUAUAAUUCUUUUGCCAUGUACCCAUUAUCAUAUAAUUCUUUUGCCAUGUACCUAUUAUCAUAUAAUUCUUUUGCCAUGUACCCAUUAUCAUAUAAUU